CGCUUCCGACAUCUUUCUUUCCGGUUUUGUGCCCUCUCGUAGCCAUCAUGAAGUGAGUGUACUGAAUAUAAUCAAAUGUCAUCUGAACACAGAAAUAAACAUUAUUACAAUGUUACUCUAAGAAAGAGGCUAAUUUAUCACAAUCUUGUAGUAAUGCUCUAUAUUUGUCCAUUUCAGGGUCGAGUUGUGCAGUUUCAGUGGGUAUAAGAUAUACCCCGGCCAUGGCCGCCGAUACGCCAGGAUAGACGGAAAGGUAAAAAAGAAAUCCUCCUCACAUCGGCUGCUUGUUCCCCGCAUUUCAGAUGAUGACGAUAACUCUACCUGGUUGUGUCUCUUGAACUGUCUUCUGUCCUGUUAAGCGGUAAUUCCAUGUAUAGUCUCUGGAAAAGGCCUAGUUAGCUUGGCCCAGUUCAUGAAACCGGCGAGCGCUAGCUUCAACUCUUAGCAUGUGUGUGUGUACCAGUGAAGUAGAAAACUAAACUAUUAUUCUGCCUCUCUGUGGCUCUGCUGGAGUAUUGUUUCACUUUUUUGCAUAUACUGAACAGACAGGCAGAUCACAUGAAUAUUUCCUUGCUCCAAAUGUGAUUGUUGACAAACUUAUGCUCAGUUUAUGUGUUGAUUCCUACAACAAACCGUGAUAUUGACAGUCCUGUUGUAUUGCAAAGUACUCUGUUUAAGGUGAUAAUGAAAGGCCAUUAGUGUCUGAUUGUCUAAUUUGAGGCACCAUGUGAUAGUGAACUUAUUUUAGUUGUUUAAUAUCAAGGCUAAACAAACCUGGUGACAAGAGAAAUGCUUUAUUCCAGAUAUUAAGUGUGUUUUUUUUUAUCUCCUUAUUUAGGUGUUCCAGUUUUUGAACGCCAAAUGCGAGUCCGCCUUCCUGGCCAAGAGAAACCCCAGACAGAUCAACUGGACUGUGCUGUACAGACGCAAGCACAAGAAGGGCCAGUCUGUAAGUAAAAAAAUAAGCAUGCUCAACUCAAGUGCUUAUUUAGAUACAGUUUAAUACUACUGGUGUGCUUGCUUAAAAGAAAUAUCAGACUCUUAGUCGGUCUCCUCUUCUGCAACAUUGGCUGUAGGUGAAUGGUGUGCACUGUUUUAGUCUGUGUUAUGUGUUGUUGCUCAUCUGCGUUUUGCAGGCAGAGCAGCAGCGCUCACUCCGCACUGUCAGCCAUAGAACAACAGGAGAUCAUAGUACUGGCCCUUGACGUCUCUUACUGACAUCUCACCAUCGGUCAGCCUCCAAACUCUCCUACAACAUAGAUGUUUCUGUUAUCUUAUCACAGCAAGCAAAUGUGAAAAAACAAAGGAAGAAAAAAAACCUCUUUGGGGAUACUGCAAAGCAAACUCAGUUUAGAGCUCCUCAUGAUUAAAAUCUGUCUUGAUUGAAGAAACUUAAGUAAUUAACAUAGAAGUAGCCUGUUGAUAUACGGCUAAUAACCAAAAUGUUUGUAGUAAUUCUAAAAUAUUUUUUUGUGGUUGUGUUUUUCAUUUGUAAUAUGUGAGGUUAAUUUUAAUGGCAAGGUAACAGAUGGCAUAUAGACUUGGUUUUGGUGGUUUCAAACUCAGCACCCUGCAACCAAUCAGCUUGCACCAAAUCAGACAUGAGUAUACUGUGGAGCAGCAGACUUCUGUACUGAUUUUCUUUCCAAUACUUUUUUCAAUUGAUUGUUUCAGUUUUCAUUUUAACAAAUGGGCUGCAGCUUUUCUUCAUCAGCUGAGCUUAAAACUUAAACCUCAGUUGAUUUAAAGUUGGGGGCUCAACCCUCCAGUUUUCUUCAGUGAAUAACGGUUAGGGAUGUCUAACCAUGUGAUGUGUGAUCAUACGAGUGUACACAUAUGUACUAUAUGUGACCAUGUGUGACUAAUGUGACCAUAUUAUGAUAAAUCUUGUCUGAAUGUGGUCCUAACAGGAAGAGGUGACCAAGAAGCGUACCCGCCGCGCAGUCAAGUUCCAGAGGGCCAUCACUGGGGCCUCCCUGGCUGAGAUCAUGGCCAAGAGGAACCAGAAGCCCGAGGUCCGCAAGGCCCAGAGGGAGCAGGCCAUCAGGUGAGGAUACAGAUCUUCAAGUCAUUUUUUUAAAUUCUUUUACCUCCAGAUUCCUGAAAUGCCCUUACUUACAUCAGACUAUGUUAACCCUUUAGUGUUGAUGAGUAAUGAAAGACACAUUUUACAUUUCAAAUGGUGGAAUUUGAGUGUUGAAUGUUGCCACUCAAUGCAGUAGGCCACAGCCAGCUUGCAGAGUCAGACCCUGCUGUCUGUUUUGAUCAUGAAAUUAGAUUUAGGAAGACUUUGAAGCAGUUCACUCUAUACCAAACUGAUGAUGUGGGCUUAAGUUGAUAUAAAAACUUUGACAUUUUUCAGUGGCAACCUGAAAUGAGCACCAUAUUGACCGAAAAACUGAAAAGCUGCAUAUAGACUGUGGUGUCGAUUUCUUUUUCAAUGAAAUAACAAAUAUUGGGAGAUAAGUUUAAGCAAAGCGGCUCAUUCCUCCCCAGAUCAUUUCGCUCUCCAGUGAAGACUUUAAGAUUGCAACAAAACAUAAUAUUUUCACCCUUUGGUCUUUGUGCUGAUUUUUCUACCUUCAUCCUUUUCAGGGCGGCCAAGGAGGCCAAGAAGGCGAAGCAGGCAGCCAAAAAGCCAGCUGCCCCAAGUGCAAAGGUAAGAUAUCCAAACAUGCAGAAAAAGCUGUUCGUAUAAUUUCACUGCAUUGAUAUAAAACCUAACAGUUUGCAAAUGUUUUCAAGAGCAUUGUGAUUCUUUACUUUUGAUUCUAUUUGGCAACACAAACAGUAUCUUUUUUACUCAAAUAAUCCAAAAGGCUGUACUGUCAACCUGAACACUGCUGGCUUUUUCAAAGUCAAAGUCAGCUUUAUUGUCAUAUAUGCUAUACAACAGCAUAUAUGAAAUUAUAGUCCUCGGACCCGCUGUGCAAAUAGCAGGGUGAAAAAAAAAGACGGAUAGAAAAAAAAAAAAAAUGUAGUAAAUAUGACAACUUCUGUUCGAGGCUUUUUCUGAUGUUACGUGUUUCUUUCUCCCUCUGCAGUCUGCUACCAAGACUGCACAGAAACCCAAAAUCGCCAAGCCCAUGAAAGUCAGCGCACCUCGUGUUGGAGGAAAACGCUAAACCUGACUUUUGUUAAUGGUUGUUAAUAAAAUUUUGUGGCUAACCAGUGAUAUGGUUGUUGUCAUUGUUGUUCUUUUUAAACUGUAUAUACACUUAUGUUACAGCAAGAUAAUUUUUAAUAAGUCAGACUUCUAGAGCUUAUCUUUAAUUCGUUCAAAAUCUACUAAAACUAAAAGGCUGAAGACAGUUGGUCUGUUAGAGCAAAACUGGAUGCGUUACAAGAAUUUUUUUAAUUGAGUUAAAAUUUAGGAUUACGAGUGUAAAGUUUGUCAAUGAUUCCAAUAUGGAUUUUGUGGGUAUUAGAAACUGGAAUUCACUUCUUGAGUGCUGACCAUGGGCCACAGAAGGAGAUGAUGUUGCAGUAUGUCUACAAUCAAACAUCAUUAGUGUUGACAGUAACAACAUUGACUGUUGGAUAGCCAGAGGCAUGAGUAAACCUUUCCAAAGUCUCCUACAUCACUGUUGACUAAAUACUUUAAAGGGAUGCUGAGGGAAAUGAUAAACUUGUCUGAUAAACUAAAGGUCUAAUGUCUCCUCUUCAACAUGACUGAAUGUGUAGAUUGGUGGGGAAAAAGCUCA